CAGUUCUCUGAAGAAGCAGGAUGCUGAUCUAGACGUGGAAAAAGACCAGUCCUGUAGCUGUUUUAGAAGACAUGUGGUGUAUAUAAAGUUUGUGACAGUUGGGGGAAAUUCUGGAAUUUAGAUAAUGGGCUGUGUGCAAUGUAAGGAUAAAGAAGCAACAAAACUGACGGAGGAGAGGGACGGCAGCCUGAACCAGAGCUCCGGGUACCGCUAUGGCACAGACCCCACCCCUCAGCACUACCCCAGCUUCGGCGUGACCUCCAUCCCUAACUACAACAACUUCCACGCGGCAGGGGGCCAAGGCCUCACCGUCUUUGGGGGUGUGAACUCGUCGUCUCAUACCGGGACCUUGCGUACAAGAGGAGGAACAGGAGUGACCCUGUUUGUGGCCCUUUAUGACUAUGAAGCACGGACAGAAGAUGACCUGAGUUUUCAGAAAGGAGAAAAGUUUCAAAUCUUGAACAGCUCGGAAGGAGACUGGUGGGAAGCCCGCUCCCUGAACACCGGAGAGACGGGCUACAUCCCCAGCAAUUAUGUGGCUCCAGUCGACUCCAUCCAAGCAGAAGAGUGGUACUUUGGGAAACUUGGCCGGAAAGAUGCCGAGCGACAGCUGUUGUCCUUUGGAAACCCAAGAGGUACCUUUCUAAUCCGUGAGAGUGAAACCACCAAAGGUGCCUAUUCACUGUCCAUCCGUGACUGGGAUGACAUGAAAGGAGAUCAUGUCAAACACUAUAAAAUUCGCAAACUUGACAAUGGUGGCUACUACAUCACCACCCGGGCCCAGUUUGAAACACUUCAGCAGCUUGUACAGCAUUACUCAGAGAGAGCCGCAGGUCUCUGCUGCCGCCUAGUAGUUCCCUGUCACAAAGGGAUGCCAAGGCUUACCGAUCUGUCUGUCAAAACCAAAGAUGUCUGGGAAAUCCCUCGAGAGUCCCUGCAGUUGAUCAAGAGACUGGGAAAUGGGCAGUUUGGGGAAGUGUGGAUGGGUACCUGGAACGGAAACACGAAAGUAGCCAUAAAGACUCUGAAGCCGGGCACCAUGUCCCCUGAGUCCUUCCUGGAGGAGGCGCAGAUCAUGAAGAAGUUGAAACACGACAAGCUGGUCCAGCUCUACGCGGUGGUAUCGGAGGAGCCCAUCUACAUCGUCACCGAGUACAUGAAUAAAGGAAGUUUACUCGAUUUCUUAAAAGAUGGAGAAGGAAGAGCCCUGAAAUUGCCGAAUCUGGUGGACAUGGCAGCACAGGUUGCUGCAGGAAUGGCGUACAUCGAGCGCAUGAAUUAUAUCCAUAGAGACCUCCGAUCGGCGAACAUCCUCGUCGGGAAUGGGCUAAUCUGCAAGAUCGCUGACUUUGGGUUGGCCCGAUUGAUCGAAGACAAUGAGUACACAGCAAGACAAGGUGGGCACUGCUUAACAGGAUGGUUCCCCAUCCUGCCCUGGAAAAGGAUCCCCACUGCAUGA